AGAGCCGCACACCCGUCGAAAGUCAAGAAGGGUUGACAAGGGAGAGGCGCCAACCCUCCUGCGCAAAGCAUACUCGAAGAACCGCACCAGAGCAGCACAAGCGACACUUCUGUGACAACUUUUAUCUUCGACGUGUGCGGCUCUUGGCACAAAGUCCCUCGCUAGAAUUCUUGAAGGCAUCCCUUGAAUCGGCGGUUUUUUUCUUCUUCUUUUGUUUUGAAUUUUGAAGUGAUCUAAAUUCAAAAAAACCCGCGAAAUCCGCCUGGCGAAAAAAGGCCGUCGCUUCCCGCUUGCUGAUUUGUAAUCCGCCUUGGCCCCCCGUCCUUCCACCUCGACGGCAGCGCAUCCAUCAUCCGAGGCGCAUCCGCUAGCGAUGAGCUCCGAGCAUUUGGUGUACGACGUGGAGAAAGGGGACCACAAAAUCGUCGUGGUGCGCGAAAAGCCGCAGAAAGACAGCCGCUGGAAAUGCCUAACCGUCUGUUCCCUGCUGCUCUUGAUCGGGGCCACGUUCGUUUUUGCCGUCUUGCAGUUCGGCGCCUUCAAGCAGUCAGAACACCAGGAUGCCAGGGAAAACAGAAACUCAUUUUCUGAAGGGUUGCCGGACACAAUGAAAGUGCAAGCCUUGAUGUCCAAUAAACCAGCUGCCCAUGCCAUUGCUGUUAGAACACCCAACAAACAAUUGGUCUGGACGACAGAUGUGGCACCUGCCAUACAGGAGAAUGGUAUGCAGUUGGACAAAAAUGACAACUCCCUUGUAGUACCUUCCACUGGACUCUACUUUGUCUACUCUCAGGUCAUGUUCCAUGGUGACACCUGCCCGGAGUCCCCUCUGCUGCUCAGCCACACCGUAUCGUGGUCUUCCUCACAGUUCAAUUCCAAUGUGGACUUGCUGAAAGCCAUCAAGUCUGUCUGUGAGGGCGGAAGUGACACCCAGGGCCACAAGAGUAUGUGGUUUGAAUCCAUUUAUCAAGGGGCUGUCUUUAGAUUGAAUAAAGGAGACCACGUGUGGUCCAAAACGGAAUCUUCCCAGUAUCUGGACUUUACCCACCAUGGACAGAUAUAUUUUGGGAUUGUUGCCAUGUAAUGGAAGCCUCUUGCUCUAUGCCCUCUUGGCCUUUAGUUACAACUUGCUUAUUCCUCCUACUCUGGUCCUCGCUAUUUGAAAUACAAAUUAACGUUGCUUCUUAGUAUCCCUGGCUAUACAAGGGCCGUCAAAAAGAAAGGGGAACUGUGCGAUGCUCACUUUCAAGUCUGAAAAUUUGCUGAUCAGAAACAAGAGAUUGAUCCCUGAAGUGGCACCCGGUGUAGGAGUGGUGUGUCCUGGGAAAACAUGACCCAGCGUUGUUGUUAUUAUUUAUUCUUAGUUAAUCUAAUUUAUUUAUUUAUAUUUAUUUAUUUAUUCAAAGGGAGUUUGGCUGGAAGACUGAGCGGGUGCUGAAUGUAUGCUUCUUUUGUGAGCUUAGAACCACACCAAUGCAAUAAUAAUGAUAAUGCAAUGUUCUAAGCAUUCUGUGAAUUAGUGUUUUAUUUGCAAAUGCAUGUAUAAGGGCUGUCUCUGACGACGCUGCUGGAUUAUCACACUUUCUUUGGAUACUGUAGGUUGUAUCCAAUGUUUGUACUGCUUAGUGUAGAUCCACUGAAAUGAAUGGACAUGACUAACUUAGGUCUGUUCAUUUCAGUGGGUCUACUGUGAGUAAGUUGGUUACAACCCUGUGUAAUGUGUGAAGCUGCCCUCAAAUGUAGGGAUUUCUCAGGGCUGGCCAAAGGCAUUUUGCUGACUUAGUCAAAGCAAUAAAUGAUGCCCUCCCAUGCCAUCAAGGUGCCUUGUAUUCAAGGCCAAAUUGUGUUGGCAUAAAAUCCCGGAAGAUCUUCCUGGCUGUUAAAAAUACAAUAAUCAUAAAUAACCAAGAAUUUGACUGCCCUUUCAUGACAUCCCAAACCAACUGCCUGAGAUGGCUGCCUCACCCUGCCUAAUAGCAGGGCUGGUCAUAGUCCCAUCCACCAUGGGAAUAUCUGGUAGAAACGUGUGUGUGUGUGUGUGAGAGAGAGAGAGAGAGAAAAAAAUGUGUCUGUGAUACCAAAAACAAAAGGAAUUGUGCUCCUUUGAACCCAGCUCCAGACACCCUUCCUCAGAUCAUUUGUAUAUAUACUAUGUAUAUCUGCUAUGAUUUGAAUAUGUUGAUUUAAUUAUGUAUAUUACAUGAACUUCUCCUGAAUUUUGGAAGAGGACCACGCUGGCAGCAGGGUCCUCAAGGUCUCUCCCAGUUUACUGAAAAAGAGAGAGAAAAUCUCUUUGAUGAUGUUUGCAUCAAAGAUGCAAUCUGACGUCAGAAUAUCUGAGAUAUUCUAAUUUUAUUUACUCUGAUGGCACAGUAUAUUUUAUGCUGAAGUGCUGUGCUGUUGCCACAAAAGCAAGGAUUUCAAAAGGGGAAAAAUCUUGUGACUUAAUUUUUCUUUAACAAUAUUGCUUAUUUAUUUAUUUAUAUGGAUAUUUAUUUUUGUUGUCUUCUCUGUAUGGCACAUUGUGGAGAAACUACUACUAUUGUUU